CAGACGGAGCUCACUGGGCCCCAGCGGCCCGGAGGGCAGUGGCCGCUCGCUCUGCCCGCAGCUCUCCACGCGCAGCACCAUGGCCAGCCCGGGUCGCGAGGGCGAGCACCCAUCCGUGACGCUCUUCCGUCAGUACCUGCGCAUCCGCACGGUGCAGCCCGAGCCCGACUACGGGGCUGCCGUGGCCUUCCUUGAGGAGAGAGCCCGCCAGCUGGGCCUGGGCUGUCAGAAAGUGGAGGUGGCACCCGGCCGUGUGGUGACCGUGCUGACCUGGCCAGGCACCAACCCCAAACUCUCCUCCCUCUUGCUCAACUCCCACACGGACGUGGUACCUGUCUCCAAGGAAUACUGGAGUCAUGACCCCUUUGAGGCCUUCAAGGAUGCUGAAGGCUACAUCUACGCCAGGGGUGCCCAGGACAUGAAGUGUGUCGGCAUCCAGUACCUGGAGGCUGUGAGGAGGCUGAAGGCUGAGGGCCACCAUUUCCCCAGAACCAUCCACAUGACCUUUGUGCCAGAUGAGGAGAUUGGGGGUCACAAAGGCAUGGAGCUGUUUGUGCAGCGGCCUGAGUUCAAGGCCCUGAGGGCUGGCUUCGCCCUGGAUGAGGGCCUGGCCAACCCCACUGAUGCCUUCACUGUCUUCUACAGCGAGCGCAGCCCCUGGUGGGUGCGGGUCACGAGCACCGGGAAGCCCGGCCACGGCUCGCGGUUCAUCGAGGACACAGCCGCAGAGAAGCUGCACAAGGUCGUGGGCUCCGUGCUGGCGUUCCGGGAGAAGGAGAGGCAGAGGCUGCAGGCAAACCCCCACCUGAAGCUGGGCGCCGUGACCUCUGUGAACCUGACGAAGCUGGAGGGCGGCAUGGCCUAUAACGUGGUCCCGGCCACCAUGAGCGCCAGCUUUGACUUCCGCGUGGCCCCGGAUGUGGACCUGAAGGCGUUCGAGGAACAGCUGCGGGGCUGGUGCCAGGCAGCUGGCCAGGGGGUCACCUUCGAGUUUGUCCAGAAGUGGACGGAGCCCCGAGUGACAUCUACUGAUGCCUCAGACCCCUGGUGGGCAGCAUUUAGCGGGGUCUGCAAGGACAUGAGCCUCACGCUGGAGCAGGAGAUCUUCCCCGCUGCCACCGACAGCCGCUACCUCCGCGCGGUGGGGGUCCCGGCUCUGGGCUUCUCCCCCAUGAACCGCACGCCCGUGCUGCUGCACGACCAUGAUGAGCGGCUGCACGAGGCCGUGUUCCUCCGUGGGAUUGACAUAUACACACGGCUGCUACCUGCACUGGCCAGCGUGCCCGCCCUGCCCAGCGACAGCUGAGCCCACGCUCCCAGCCUCUGCCCCUGGAGCUUCCACCUGGCCCGUGCCCAGGCCCCUCUCCCCUGCCCCACAAUAAAGUCUGUGUGUGGCCAGGGCCGCUGAGACACUGGCAGCAGCAUGUUUGUAGAGCA